GACAGUUUAAUAUACAUCAGACUCUGUCUAGACAGGAGAGAUCGGAAAUAGUGUCUUCUGAGAUUGACUGGCUGUCUUGAGCUUUCCCUCAGAAUAAUAUCGUGCUCAGACUGUUCAAUCCUUCAUUGAAGUAGAUUAUAGGAUACCCCACCUCACUGCUGGAUAUCCAUCUUCUACUUCCUAGACCGUUCACUUGGCUGUGCACAGCAUAUAAGCUAAGCUAUAUUCGAAAAGGUUAUCUAUUUGAUUUGGCUUGAUCGUGGAUAACUGUGUCUAAGUAUCCGCUAUACACCAUGACAUCCACAUUCAGCUUCGGCUUUGCGGGGGACGAUAUCGACAUCGAUGAUACAGAGAUGAACGAGACUCACGAGACGAACAAUGUCCAAAAUGCUGGUGCGGGAUCUACACUUCCGGAGCUGAUUCCAGCUAAGAAACAUGAUGUGGCUGAGUGGAUCCCAAGCCUCCCAUCUCAAAUCUCAUUCAACAAGCUCAGACUGCCCACCAAAACUGCCACUGCAAACCAGCACCUCACCCUCGCUCGUCGGGACAUCUUCGACAUCCGCGCCCAACUAAUGGCCGAGGAUACGCCCGACGAGAACAACGAGGAAUUGAUCGCCGGUCUGGAGAAAGGCGACAUCAAGCCCAACUUCUACGAAGGCGGGUUCAAGACCUGGGAAUGUGCGGUUGAUUUAGCCAAGGUGCUUGUUGACACUGACGAGCUGGCUGAGUCGACGGCGGCUGGUAAUAGACAUAUCAUUGAGCUCGGCGCCGGCACCGCCAUCCCAUCACUAUCCCUCUUCGCACAACUCCUCUCGAGUCCAGCAUCAGGACAGCAGCAAAACAAAAGAACUCACUUCACAUUCGCAGACUACAACUCUGCCGUUCUCCGUCUCGUUACUUUCCCUAACCUCCUCUUAACAUGGUAUCACUACACACAAUCUUCUCCCUCUCCCUCUCCCUCCGAAGGAGAAUCAGAAAAAGAAAAAGAAGAAGACGAACUCCUCGACAUAACCCCCACCCUCAUCCAAUCCUUCCAGGAAGACCUCUCUGCCCGCGGCAUCACCAUCUCCUUCAUCUCCGGUGCCUGGUCGCCCGCUUUCGUCGACUUGGUUUUCUCCUCUUCCACCCAGGAAGUAACUUACUCCCAAACACUCGUCCUCGCCUCCGAGACUAUCUACUCACCUGCGUCGCUGGGGGCGUUCUCCGAGACGUUGGUCGCCUUGUUGCGUCGUGCUGCUGCUGCUGCGCCGGGAGGACAGCAGCAGAGCGCCGCCGCCGCCGCCGCGGCGUUGGUCGCGGCGAAGAAGGUCUAUUUUGGGGUUGGUGGGGGUGUCGAUGAGUUUUUGGCUGUUUUGAGUGGUGUUGCUGGUACUCUCGGGGUUGAGGUCGAUGUGCAGGAGAGGUUGGAUGUUAAGUCUGAGGGGGUCGGGAGGGUGGUUUUGGGGGUUAGGUGUGCUUAGUUGAUAUUAGUAUUACUGU